AAAAUCAAAACUUUUCGUUGCCGGGUUUUGAAGGGUUUAUCAUCUUCUGUACAGAGAGCCCUUGUAAGUUUCUCAUUUGGAUGAUAGCGAACUGUGCGAAAAUUGGAGUAUUUCUGUACUGCUUUUUUUUUUUUUUGUGAUAACUGGGUAAAUUUGUGGUUGUUUUUGGUUGCAACUGGGUGAUUACAGGAGCAGCAUGGUUGGAUUAGAGAUGUUAACUGGUGGUUUUAUCAACGUGGCUGGGCAUGCCAUUCCAACCAAACACCUGCUCUGGCUAUUUUCCAUCUUCACGGGCUUCCUCAUGUGUAAAAUUGUUUAUGACUUAACAGGUGUGGUAAGCUCUUUGACUUUUGGUGGAUAUGCUAAACUCAAGAAGAAAGAAAAGCUUGAAUGGAACAAUAGGGGGUUCUCCACUUUCCACGCACUUUUUGUUGCCACUGCCUCUCUGUAUCUCUUGACUGUAUCUGAUCUUUUUGAUGGAGGUCCUGAGAAUGAAAUUAUUAUCAACAGAACGUCUACCUUUGCUGAUACUGUGCUGGGGAUCUCCAUUGGCUACUUUCUGUCAGACUUGGCAAUGAUCAUCUUUUAUUUCCCAGCACUUGGUGGUUUUGAGUAUAUUUUGCACCAUGGACUCUCUAUGUUUUCAAUCAUCCAAUCCCUACUCAGUGGUCAAGCACAGAUUUACAUCUUCAUGGUCCUAUUCACUGAAAGCACCACCCCCUUUGUCAAUUUAAGAUGGUAUCUGGAUAUUGCUGGAAUGAAGAACUCUAAACUCUACGUCGGGAAUGGGGUGGCCUUAUUUUUUGGCUGGCUGGUGGCAAGGAUUCUUUUGUUUAUCUAUUUUUUCUACCAUAUGUUCACCCAUUUUGAUCAGCUUGCUCACGGUUCCUCCCGUGCUGUCUCUGAUGAAUGUAUUUUGGUUCUGGAAAAUCGCAAGAGGUAUGAUAAAAACGGUGACGAAGGCAAGAAAAAGCAAGUAAUGAAUACGGUUGGCAGUUUUUCUGACACACUGGGUGAAUAUCCCUGCUUAACUGGACUACUGUAG